CCCCGUUCGAUGUCUUAGUUAGUUGAGUCCCAGGCGACCCCUCGAGCGCACCGUCUGCCUGUCUGUGACCGGGACGACCCGCAGCACGUCUGACAGAGGUUGCAGAGAUGCCGCAGUCACGGACGCUGUUGCCUCUGCUGGCGGUGGUCGCCCUGAUGGCAAGCUCGGCCUGCGCCGGCCACAAGAGAAGCGAUCACUACGACUACAGCGGCCCUGUCAGCGCCUCGCCGUUCUCGUUUUUGGAUACACUGGUGGACAGCUUGUUCGACUUCCGAGCGGGACGUCUGUCUUCGCUGUACGACUUCUAUCGCCAGGCUGGACUUCAAGAAGCCGUGGCAAGGACAGCCGUGGUGAUGACGUUUGCCGGCGUGGCCGUGACCGUGGCCAUCGCUGUCGACUACAUGAUCCAGAUGCUGAGCACGCUCACCAAGAAACGAGCUCUGUUAGAGGAGCGAGGCAUCAGUGAGGAGCAUGUGGAGACGGCUCUGCGACUCCUGGAGCGGGCCGCCACCCUCUGGCAGUAGUGUCGGCUCGUCGGGCCCGUUUGAUCGACUUCAGCUAUACGCUCAAUACCGUGGUACUGGCUGACUGUAGGUAUACAGACCACAAAUGACACGAAAACCUUCGAGGAGCUGUUGUGGUUCCAAUCCAGUGUUACGCCGAGUGUGUCGAGGUGUUUUCAAGCAUGUCAUACUCGUCGAUUGAGGUCUGUUAUUUGUUAGCCACUUCAAUGAAGGUGACAUUGCUUGAUGCGUAUCUGAAGAGCCAUAAUGUUCGUGUGGCAUCACUCCGAGGAGCUGCAUGAGGACCGCUGCUCUGCUAUUUCUGUAUUAAACUUUCGUUUUCGAC